GACCCUCAAAUUAAAAAGCUCAAAAACUUCUCAGAAUAAUUGCCCUAUGUACUUUCUUUUGGUCUCUUUGAACUUGUAUCUUAUCACUAUAAACACUGGGUGAGAAAAUUUCAGUCUUUAGGAAUCAUGGAUUCACUUCUAUCCCUGCAUGAAUAAUCUUGCCUGAUAAGUAGUACAGUUGUUAUUUACCACAGAUGUGUCUUUUCUCUGACUCUUGACUUCAUUUUCACAUCAUUGGAUUUGCUCUGUAAACAUUCUUAGAGUCCCUGUAUGCAACUCUAGGUAUGGCGAUGUGACUUGGCAGAGAACAAAGGCCCUGCUCUUUUGCCCUCAUGGAGCUUAUAGUCUGGCAACGGUGGGAUCUAGGAAGACUGACAGUAAGGAGCUAGCAAAUAUCAGGAAGUGAGCACUACUGUGAAGAAAACUAACCAGGGUGAUGUGAUAAAAAGUGAGUGAGGAACUACCUUAAGAGACAUGAUUAGGAAAGACUUCUUUGAGGAAGUAAUUCAUAAGCCAAGGCAAAAAUGACAGGAAAGAGACAGAAGCAUGAUCAUUUGGGGGAAAAGCAUUACAAGCAGAAAAGAGCCCUGGGUGGGAAAAAGCUUAGAAGAUUGAAGAGCUUGCUCUGAAGACAGACAAAGAUACGUGAUAGAGGUCUGCAGGGACAGCAUCAUGUCAGACCUUCAGGACAAGAUAAGCUCUCCAGACUCCCAGCUGGCUAUGUGAAGAAUUUCAGGCUCUAAUUAAAUAGUACAAACAACUAUCACAUAACUCUUCCUACCUGUUUUGGGAUGGAUUCACAACAACCCUGAGCCUGGGAAAAUGGUAUCCCAGUCUAUAGGUCAGCAAGAUUCUCCCGUGGACACUUGGGAAAGUAUCAGCCAUGACUCUGGUACCAUUAAUAGUUUGCCGGGCCUUCUGGACACUCACCACUCCACUUGCCAAUUAGACAUCAGGGUCAUGAGGCACAAAGCUGCCUGGAUUAACCCCCAGGAUGUGCAGCAAGAACUGGAGGAUUGUUCCCCCCAGCUGUCAACAGCAGGGACCAAUGAGAACCACUUUGGAAAAGAUGCCGACUCUUCCUCGGGCCUUUCACCCUGGUCCCCUGGGGACUCCCUGGGAGAGACACCACUGUCUAAGGAUACCACGGACUUCACUGGCAGUGCCUUCACCUGCAGCUCAGGUGGAAAGAGUAGUGACUCCUCUUUGACCACCACAGAAGAGCAGGUGGUGCUCUCAGGGCACCUGCCUCAGGUACCUCUGCUCACUAACCCUGAGAGCACUUCCCCACAUCUGGAGGCUGAUCGUAGUUUAUUCAAUCCUUCCCACCUGGCAGCCUCUGCAGAUGAAGGUGCUGUUACAGUUGGUGGAAGAAGCAUUUCUUUGAAUUCCUUCUCACCAGAGGCAUUUGUGCUGCCUGUUGAUAUAGAAAAGGAAAAUGCUCACUUUUAUGUUGCAGAUAUGAUUAUAUCAGCAAUGGAGAAAAUGAAGUGUAACAUCCUGACUCAACAGCAGACAGAGAGUUGGAGUAAAGAAGAGGCCAGUGGAUCAGCUGGGAAUGAUCAAGUUGACUCUGACGUGACCUUAUAUACCAACAUAAAGCAAGAAUCUGGAUCAUCCACUUCUUCAGACAGUGGCUAUGAAGGUUAUGCUGUGUUGCAGGUCAGCCCAAUGGCUGAAACACCUACUGACUCUCCUGUGGUGAAAGGGGCCUGCAAAUACGACUUCUUUGAAUUUGUUAAUUUAGGGUUUGGCGAGUUUAACGAUAUUACAGAAACCUGUAGGUGUUCCUGCAGUUCCUCUAAGAGUGUCACUUAUGAGCCAGACUUCAAUUCUGCCGAGCUAUUAGCCAAAGAGUUGUAUCGUGUAUUCCGGAAGUGUUGGAUGUUGUCAGUAGUUAAUUAUCAGCUGGCGGGUUCCCUGAAUGCAGCUGGUUCAAUAGUGGUUAAUGAAGAACGUGUGCAAAAAGACUUUGAAUCCAGUAUGCAUGUAGUACAGGAAAUUAAGUUUAAGUCUAGGAUCCGGGGGACUGAAGAUUGGGCUCCUCCUAGAUUUCAAAUCAUAUUUAAUGUUCAUCCACCACUCAAGAGGGACCUGGUGGUAGCAGCUCAGAAUUUCUUCUGCGCUGGCUGUGGAACUCCAAUAGAGCCUAAGUUUGUGAAGAGGCUCCGGUACUGUGAAUACCUGGGGAAGUAUUUCUGCUACUGUUGCCACUCAUAUGCGGAGUCUUGCAUCCCUGCCCGGAUCCUGAUGAUGUGGGACUUCAAGAAGUACUAUGUCAGCAACUUUUCCAAACAGCUGCUUGACAGCAUUUGGCACCAUCCUAUUUUCAAUUUGUUGAGCAUCAGCCAAAGCCUGUACACAAAAGCCAAGGAACUAGACAGAGUGAAGGAAAUUCAGGAGCAGCUUUUUCAUAUCAAGAAGCUGUUGAAGACCUGCAGGUUCGCUGACAGUGCAUUAAAGGAGUUUGAGCAGGUGCCAAGACACUUGACUGAUGAGCUCCACCUGUUCUCCCUGGAGGACCUGGUCAGGAUCAAGAAAGGGCUGCUGGCAUCCUCACUCAAGGACAUUCUGAAAACUUCCCUUGCACACGUAGCAGGCUGCGAGCUGUGUCAAGGAAAGGGCUUUAUUUGUGAAUUUUGUCAGAGUACGACUGUCAUCUUCCCAUUUCAGACCACAACAUGUAGAAGAUGUUCAGUGUGCAGGGCUUGUUUUCACAAGCAGUGCUUCCAGUCCUCCAAGUGUCCCCGGUGUGCAAGGAUCACAGCUAGGAGACAACUUUUGGAAAGUUUGCCCUCGGAGACAACAUGAUGCCCUGAGUGUUGUGAAAAAAUUGUUCAACAUACCUGACAAUAGUACUGAUUUGCGUGUAUUACUGAUAACGUGGUUUCAGAUUCCGGGUAUUGUACAUUGAGAAAAAAGAUGGACAAUAUUCUGUUUAUUGUAUAUAGUUUGUGUUUUGAAAGAAGACAGAUUCUUUGUUAUUAAGCAAAGGGGUAUUACUAGUGCUUUUGUUUACAAAAGUUCAGUGAUUUUGCUGCUACUCAGGUUUUUCUUAAGAUAUAUACAUAUAUGUAUAUAUAUAUGUAUACUUCUUAAAUCGUAUUUUAAUGGUUGUAUUUAGUUCAAGUUGGAACCUUUUUUAAAUGAGUUGUAACUGACAAGAUGAAUUACUUAGCAGUUUUUCCUUUUUCUUUUCUUUUCUUUUUUUUUGAGAGGUUUUCUCGCUAUUGGGCGCGUGUGCUUGCCAGACAGAGAGAGACAGAGAGACAGAAAGGGAGAAAUCA